AUGGCCACCACAACCCAGCCUGACGGCUUCUUGACUCUUCCCGCUGAGCUCCAAGUCGAGAUCUACGGAUACAUUCUCGCUGCCGCUCUCAAAGCACCUGGUCCAGGUAACCUCGCACUAUAUGCCGGUCUCCUUCUGUCGUGCAAGAAGGUUGCCUCCGACUUCGAGUACGAAUGGGUUAAAUACUACAACGCGCGUCUCCAGCACAUCGUUAAGGACACUUUCUUUCGCCCAUUGCCUGUCAAACGAUAUGGACAUGCGGCGCACCUUCGCAUCUUAGUCACACAUCCGGGGCCAGGGCGACACGUUUACGAAGUACCAGCCUUCAUGGAGAUGACGCGAUUCUACACACUGAGGCUAUCCUACCCAGCCCACGGCCUUACAAUAGAUCAAUUCUUCUCCUCGGAUCAAGCACUCCAACUAGAGGCCCUGCAGUCAGGAGUCGCAUCAAGCGGAGCCACCUCUCGGGUUGACUUCAGGGCGCAAAAAAUACACUGUUCUUCUAAACGGAUUGCCGAACGCCAACACCCCCAGUAUGGCCAGCAUGGAAGUCUGAGCGAUGAUGGUCAGCGUCUGAUCCUCGAAUCUAUACCAUAUGAGAUUCGGACGCAGAUAAUGGAACACGUGCUACCCGAGAAUCCCACUAUGGAACAGCUUUGCGAUUCGUUGGAUAAGUUCAAUAAGUCGUCUAUGAUGUGGCAAGACCUUCUGUACCACGCUGUGGGGAUCCGUUGGCUUAUGUUUUGGUGA